AGACCCCAAUCCGAAACAAAUAAGCAUCAAAAACAAAAACUCUAGGGCUGACACGUUUCCGUCUCCCGCGAAAGUCGAAACGAAGUUCUUCUGUGUGGCUGUAGGCUUUCUACUUCAUCUGGUCUCUGCGUUCCGAGUCGCCGCCGAGAUCCGCCCUUGGUACGAUUUGAAGCCUCGAUGUCAAAGGCCUUCAGUUCUCGGUCUCUACUGAAUUGAUUUCUAAGGCCUUCAGUGCAUCAUUAAGGACUGAUACCCACUGGGCAGUUGCAAAGGAGGAGUAUAUUUCAUUAAGAAAGAAGGGGGAGGCCAAUGGCUGAAGAAACACAUGCCCAAGCAAUAGAAAAAGGCCCAAAUAAAAGAAGGAUAGGGCACAAGAAGGGUAGUAAGGCAAAAAAGAAACCAAAAGUUUUUCAUGGCACUGAUAAGAAGGUUAAAAUUGACAAAAAGAUGAGAAAACUGUUUACCAAAAGGGCAAGAGAGUACAACUCAGAUGAUGACGAGGACUCUGCCUCUUUAGUAAGUGAUGAAAAUGAGCACAAGUUUAACAAAACAGAGGUACUAGAUGGUAAAUCUUCUGAUGAGGAAGUAGAGGAUCAUGGGGAUGCUAGUGAGGAAAAUGAAAUUUCCGAGGAUGAAGAUGGUGAAAUUCAACCUGGAAUUACGAAGUUUAUUGAAGGUUGUAAGGCAUUCAGGAUGGCUUUCAAGAAAAUUACAAGGACAAGUGUUUCUGAUGAUCUACUGGGUCCUGUAUUAUCAGCACACAAGAAUCUCAUAGCAGAGAAGCUUGCUGAAGAAGAAGUGGAACGGAAGGCCAAGGGAGAGGCAAAGAAGGAAAAACAUUUGGUAGAAGAGAAGGGACACAUGAAGCCUGCUAAUUUUUUGGACUCACAUGAAAAGUUUCUUAUAGGAGUUGCUACAAAAGGAGUGGUCAAGCUAUUUAAUGCUGUCAACAAGGCACAAAGUGCUCAGAAGGGAUUGAAUCCUUCAAGAUCUAAAGAUGUGAAAGCAUUAGGGAAGCGGAGAAAACAAGCCUUCUUUUCAGAGUUGGGCAAGACAUCAUCCAGAUCAGCUGAAGCCUCUGCCAAGGUCCAUUCAUCUACAGGCCCAGUGGAUAGUGAAGGUCCUGCUUGGGCUCCAUUACGUGAUAAUUAUAUGCUAACAAAUUCCAAGUUAAAGGACUGGGAUAAGAUGCCGGCGGAUACAACUAUGGCUGAUGACAUUGGAAAGACGCCACUAGAUAGUUCAUCAGAUGAUGACUAAUUUCAUAGAAUUUCUAAAGGAGCUACAGGGUUACAGAAGAUGUUUGUCCAAUUAAUUUUCUUGAACUUGUGGAAAACUAAAGCUGUGUUGCUUUGUUGUUACUGUCAAGGAAUUUUCCCCCUUCUUGGCAGCUAUUUGUAAUGGAUUAUUUCAUCGUUAUAAUAGAUCAUUGUCUUUUUUUUUCCCCAA